CUACGACUCUUCAUAAUCGAGGAUUGUAGCAUGUUUUGCCUACUAUUUAUAAUCACAAAACUUUUUUAACCGUGAAAUAAUGCUAAUUCACAUGAAUUAAGGAUAAAAUAGUACUUUAAGGGGGCGUUUACUGUACAUGACUGAAUGGUGGGAUUUAAAUUUAAUGUAUGGAAUAGGAAUCCAAACUCUUACAUCAUUGGUAUCUUGCAGAUUCUGUCCAUGGGCUGAGCUGCAACACUGACACACAUAUAAAAUUAAUUAAGCUUAAGUAAUUCCUCAUUUUAUGUAUAAAUUCAAGAUCAAAACUUUUGUUUUUUGGAUUUAUAGUAUUCUGCGCAAAAACAUUACAAAAUGGUUUGAAGCUUGAAUGUAAUAUUUCAGAUAAGCAGUAAGAAACACAAAACAAAAAUAAGCUCUCUCAGUCUCAUUCCAUUUUGUCGUUUCUUAAUUAUCUGAGCUAUCCAGUGGCUUUCUCUUCCUAUCUAUGAUUAAAAUUCUGCUGUGCUCAUUGAUGAAUGUUUCAGCUCUAUUUUGCUCCCAGGUAACAUCAGAUUUUCGUUUUCCACUUCAAAUUAUUGUUAACUUGUAUCAUAAAGCUUCUCUGAUGAAGAAAAUUGCAAAAAAGGGGGGGGGGGGGGGGGGGUAAGAAUCAUGCUGUAUAAGAGCUAAUGUUGUAAGCAAAUGACUAAUGCAUUGAAGAUAAUCAAAAAGUAAGUACAAGAGUUCAUGCUUUUCCUGUCAGUACUUUUUUCCUGCUUUGUAAUUUAGCCUCAAUUAUUUGUGUCAAAGGUUCAAAUUUCAUAAUGAUGUAGAAUGUAGUUGACUAAGCUAUUUGGGUGUGUAUUGUAUGAUCAUUAAUCGCGUUUAUCUCUCUUCAAUUAAUUUUACCGUUGGCAUUAUCUAGCUACAUACACGUGAAUUUCCAACUGCUUUGCUUUGCUUUGUUGUAUUCAUUUAUUGAGUUAGGCUCUCUUUUUGACCUCUGCUUGCAUUUUGAUGUUUCCCAUGUGACUAUUUUUGAGCCAUACAUGAUGUGUUUGCUGUAUUUUAUCAUUUUAUGCAAUAAACUUUAGGGGAAUCUGCUCAACUAUUCAUUCUCACUAUUAUAAAUCACGAUCUUGUGAUAUAAUUUCUUGCGGUCACUAUCCCAGCUUUGCAAUUAUAAUCUGUAGAUUUAGGAAAUGGGAUGCUUUGUAUCAACUCCAAAAGACACAGGCGAGAACAGGAGGCGGCCAGCAAACAUUGGGGAGGUUUUUGUGUUUGUUCCAUGCCUAUGGAUCCCUAAACCGGUCAAUUUUGCUCAGUCACUGGGAAAUAAUGUAACUAAAAGUUCCAUGGAACGCCUUUCAGCUCUUAGAAACAGAAUAGUAGUUAUGUUGGGGCAUGAUCUAUUACACGAACUAGAAGAACGGCCAGCCAGCACGGGACAUCCAUAUUACGCGAUCUUCGUAAGGCUCUUGCAGAAUAUCUGUCGGUCCUUUUGGGGUUGGUUAAAGUUGGCAGUCCGUUGCAACACAGUACAAUUUUCCUGGGUUAAUCAAGAGGAGGUCCAUUUGUACCUUUAAAUCAUACAAUCUUUUCUUUGAAUUUUGAAGAUUGAUCUUAUCUCAUUAUCAAUACAUAUAUAUUGUGCUUGGUAUGAAGUAUUAUCUGUUGUGCACUUUAUGGCGACGCUAUUGUUAUCACAAGCCAAUUUGUUGCUUCUUCCAAGAGAUGAAUUCCAGCCAAAGGUAUCAGAAGGUUAGUGCAUGAGCAAAAGCUUCCUAUUGUUAUCGCUGCAUCUUAGAUGAAGUUUGCAAGGGAUUUGGAAUGUGCUCUUGCUCUAUCUGUUGCAAGAGGUACAUCUUUAUGAAAUUGGCGAUUAGAUUAGAAAUUACUGCAAAGUGCAAAGUGAUGUUUAGCAGAUGAAUGAUAUUUCGAUAAUUGAAAUGACUACUCUUGGUUCUUUGAUAUAAUGUAUUGCACUUUCAUUUGUUUCCAUGGCUUUCUAAACUUGAUUGUUGAUGGAGUUUGACUACAUGAGAAAAUGAAUAUGGCUAUUUAAAAUAAAAGGGAGCUAAAUUCUCAAUUUAUAACGAUUUUCCCUGUCUAGUAUAUCUGUAUAUGUAUGUAAAGGAGCAUGCAAGGGAUGCGAGGCAGGCAGCUACAUUUCGUCAUCAGCAGGAGUCGAUCCAUGGUUGAGGUUAGCAAAUCAAUCUAUACUGCUCAUCUUUAGUUAGAUUGGAUGGUUCAGAUAUGUUCUUAUAGUCUAUGUUGCUCAGAGUCGGGUGUGGGUGUCGGACAUAGGUGCGGGGAUGUGUCCGACUCUUAAGCUUUCUAAAUUUAGGAUACGUGGACACGGCUAAAAAGGAUCCGAUAUUAGGACACUGGUGCGGGGAUACGCUUGAUAUAUAAAAAGAUAAUUCUUUAAUAGACAAUAGAAAAACAAUUUAUAAAUAAUAAUUUGCAAAAAGUACAUUAAAAUACAUCAAGCUACAAAAUAACUCUUUAAUUCUGGAUCAUCAAGUGAUAGUUCUUCCAACUUAGCUUUAUCUGCACUGCACCUGUAAAAUUCAAGAUCAAAUAUUAGAAAUUAACCUAAAUAAUACUCCCUCCAUCCCACAAGAGUGUGCCUUUAUUUUUAUUUUGGGACAUCUUAUAAGAGUUAACAUUUGCCAUUUUUGGACAUUAUCCCACCACUAACUCCUUAUUUCUUACUCUUAUUCUAUAAUAAAGUGAAUCACUUUUUCAACUUCCAAUACACUCAUCUACAAUUUUAUUAAAACUCGUGCUACCAAAAGUGAUGCACAUUUUUGUGGACGGAUGGAGUAAUAACAUAAAAUACCAACAAUUAAAUAUUAAAAAUUAUAUACCCAAAUCCCAGUAUUUUGUUUGUUGUUCUUUAUAAUCAUUUUCCUUUUGUGACAACAAUCGUGCACGAACACAUGAUCGUCGGCCCUACUUGGUGCCAAUUUGUUCAUUUUAAUAUUUUGAAUGUAAGAGUAUGUGCUCCAAUUUCGUUCACAACAUGACGAAGAGGUUGGUUGCACUAGUAACUUAAAAGUUAAAUUUUGCAAGAGGUGUCGAUGCACCAUGAUUUGCCCACCACGACACUGGUUCUUCAUGGAAUCAUGCAUCAAUCACAUGUGGCUCAUUGGAAUAGUCGAACCCAGUAGAAAAUGCCCCAAAUUCAGAAUAAACUUUUCGCAAAUCACUUGCAUUUGGAAAUAACUUUUUGAAAGACUUACUUCUAUUCAAUGAUACCUUGUUGCCCUCAUGAGGCGCAAUCCGUAGAAUUUCAUUAUUUCCACUUUGAGACCACAAUUCAUGGUAAUAUUUAGGAACCAAAUAAUGCGUCAUGCAAUGCAAUGACGUAUUGCUUUUAUUCCAUCUACUCUCCAACACUCGAUGGACGACAUCAAAAAUAAUCGAUGAAGUAGAAAUUACAUUAUUUUGUUCAUGUUCAAAAAUAUCCUUCUUCACAUUUUCAAUCAUUGUAUCCCAAAUAUUAUAUAUCAAAUGCAAGAUUGGAGUAUCCGUAUAAGCUUUUCUUAGCAUAUCAACAAUAUGCUCAGUAAAUUUCAAAAAAUAAUCCAAGUUAUGCCACCAAUUAUCAUUCAAAUGCAUUGUGUAACCUCUUGUGCUUUACCUUCAUUACUCCCUUCCCUAUAAAUUCUCCAAUCUGAAUCCAUAAUUAUUUUUUCUAAUGCACUCUUGACUUUCAUAAGUCUUUUAGUUAUAUGACAAUACUAGAUGCAAAUUUAGUUUUAGCCACCCUUAGUAAAACUUAGAUGAGAAUAGUUAUUAAAAAUAGCUAAUACCAUGCUAUGAUUAACAACAAAAUUUCAAAUAUUCUGGGCAUCACCAACCAAAUCAAAAAUCCAUAGGAAAUUUUGAAGAAUUAAGCAAAUCAGUCGAAAAAAUGUUUGAGAUAGAAGAGGAUUGAGAGCUGAUGGUAGUAUUUCGAAUAAUUGUGAUCAAGAGAUGAUUGGAUUUUCAGAGAUGAUCGAGACAGAAACAUUGAUAAAGUAGAAUGGGAUUAGAAGAAAAGAAUGAGUUUCAAUUUUUGUUUACGAGGAUAAAAUUUUAAGAUAAUUGCAAAAAUGACCCCAUUUUUUACUUUUGUUUUGAAAUGUGAGAAUUUAGUGCUCGUUUGGUUCAAGUAAAGGAAUGAAAAUGGAAUGGAAUCAAAUAAAGGAGUGGAAUGGUAACAAUAAUUAUUACUUUUAUUGAGUGUUAGUUUAACAAUGGAAAUGAAUCAUUAAUAAGGGAUUCCCUUUCAUUUGUUUCCCCUUUAUUUUGAGGGGUAACAAAUUGGGUGGGUUGAUUGGGUUACCCUCAAGUAAGGGUAAUGGUUAAGUCAUUACCCAAACCAAAUAACAAGUAAUGGAUUCAAUUAAUUGAAUUCAUUUUCAAUCUCUAAAGACACUCAACCAAACGUGGACUUAAUGUAAUGAUACUUUUUUUUUAUCAGAAAAAUAAAAUUUUAUAGCCAAACUUAGGUACCAGAGGUACCGAACAUUUACAAACAGGAGCUUUACAUAAUGAAAGCAACAAUAUUCGAAGAGAACCAAGAUUUGAAGCUAACAUCAAUGUCUACCACUCUAAAAGUCUUAUUCCAACUCCAAACUCUUGUCUUCACCUUACCAAUCAGUUUCUUGACGUCCCAAACUUUGCCUUCGAACCUACUAUCAUUGCGCCUCUACCAUAGGAGCCACAUAGUGCAAAUCCAGAUCGCCGUCAACAGUUGCUGGCUCUUUCUCCCUCGGCCUUGGUGAAUGAAAGAUUGCACAUGAGAUACGGUACAGUUCAGCUGCGCUGCAAACACUCCGAUCCAUCUUUGGAUUCCGUCCCAAACCAUCCCCACUUUUGGGCAAAGAAGAAAAGUGUGGUUAGCCGUUUCGAGAUUAUGGCAACACGCAUUGCAUGAGAACUCCUUAAUAGCCAGAUUAAUAUUCCUUUUGCACAAGUUAUCACAAGUUGGUAAUCUGUUCCUAAGAAUUCUCCAUGCCGUCACCUUUGCUUUCUGGAGGAGCAGGUGCGUCCCACACUUCGGCGAUCAGCUCUUUGUUGAGGGUCUUAUAAGCGAAUUUUGUUGAGAACUGACUGUCCUUUGCCGCACACCACGACCACCCGUCAACACUUCCUGCAUUUAACACAACACCAGAAAUAGUAGAUAAAAGCUCGUUAAUAGACUCAAUUUCCCACUCUCGGGGCUGCCGCUUCCACUUAAGCUCCCAGACCCAUCCACCGUCCUCCCAUCUACCAAAGUCACCAAUACAGGCCUCUUUGUUCACACUAAGGUGAAAUAAUCUGGGGAAAACUAAUUUAAGGGGUUGGAGCCUACCCACCGGUGUGCCCAAAAUUUCGUGCCAUUACCGUUCCCAACCUUACGACAGAUGUUGUCCCAAAACCACUUUCCCAGCUGACCUCCUCCUAGACAUAAAAUUUUAGACCACCACCCAGCCCUAGUUCUAUUGACCCCCGACAAGCACAGCCCCCCAUCCCCCCAUUCAGCCUCCCCGUAGAUAGAGUUAACAACUCUUACCCACAGCUUCCCUCCACCAUUAAGGUAACUCCAAACCCAUUUGGACACCAACGCCUCAUUGAACCACUCAACGUUCCUAAGACCUAGCCCCCCUUCUUUUUUUAUUAGAGCACAGAUCACUCCAUUUCACCCAAGAUAUUGAUCCAGAAUCCGCACGCCCACCCCAAAGAAAUUUGCAGAAUAAAGAGUCUAGAGAUCUCACAGUUGCUUUUGGAAUAAGAGAAUAGGAGAGUUGAUAGGUUGGAAUAGCCUGCAAUACCGCUUUCACCAAGGUGAUGCGACCUGCCAAGGAUAGUUUCCGUUUCUUCCAGCCGUCGAUCCUCUUUCUAACUUUUUCAACGAGAUAAUUCCACUCCACCACACUCCUAUCACUGCCACCAACUUUAACACCUAAGUACUUGAACGGAUAGUUCCCGACUUGGCUAUUCAGCUUCGCUGCCAUUCUCCCAAGCUUAGCUUCAUAAAUUUCGAAUCCCAACAGGCAGCUUUUAUUGAAAUUUAAAAUAUAUAAAUAUAACAAAGUUUGAUUUUGACACAAAUAUUACUAUUUCUUGUAGUGUUGGAAGUAAGGAUGACAAUGGGCCUGAUCUGGACCAGAUCCUGCUUGGUCCAAAUCCGGAUCCAUAAUUUUUCACUUAGAUUCGGAUUCGGUCCAGAUCCAUUGGAUCCAAAAAAUGGAAUCCAGGUCCAGAUCCAUAUCCGCAUGGUCUCGGGUCCAGACCCGAAUUCUUAUCUUUUUUUUUCAAAAAUAAAUUCUAAAUUGAUUAAACAUCAAAAUAAGAGUCAUAAUAAUUGUCUAAAGUUUCAUCAACGAUUCUAAAAUAUGAGUGGAUUGGAGAACAACUCAGCCAAAUGUACCAACCAUGAAUUAUAAUAUAGGAGUAUUUGUUUAUCUUUAUCACUAUACAUACUAUCACAGUAAAUGUCCAAGAUGGAAACGGCCUCAUAGAGAAUUAGUACUAAAGUUGCAAUAGAUGUGCUGGAAAGGAAGACCUUCAUGCUGCGCGGCUUUAGGACACGGUGGUCGGGGUUGCCGCGUCGUAGAGCUUCACACUGCGGCCUGCGGGCGACUAUGGGUUUCACCGACGGGAUACCGGGUCGGGGAGUGGGUCAGUCAGCGGUGAUGGUCUGCACUGGAAGUCUGGAAUCUGGAGGAAGCGACGACGUGGUGUGGCGGAAAAGGAAAUUUUAGUAGUUUAGGAAUGACAUUACACAUUGGGAUUUAGACCGGGGGUCAGAUCUAGACCGGCUCUGGGUUUUAAAUCUAUUACUCCAUAUCUGGAUCUGGAAAUUUAAAGAGAGGUCCAAAUCCGUCAGGUCCAAUUUUCACAAGGUCCAAAUUCGAAAAAAAAAAAAGGGUGUGGAUUCGCGGAUUUGGAUCGGGUCUCGGAUCCAUUACCAUCCCUAGUUGGAAGAAGAUGGAGAUAUUGUUGUUGUGGCAAAUAAGCAAUAAAAGUAUUUUUGCUAUUAACAUUUUAAAUUGGAGGUUAUAUGGAUAAAAUUAUACAUAUAUUAUUAUUUUUUAGGGCUGAUUGUCGUAAAAUCUACGAUUUUCACUAAAAUUGGCUAUUUCCCAUGAUUUAUAAAAUUGGAAUCAAAAUACAUGAACAUUCAAUUUUACUCCCUCUGUCCCAUUGAUCUUGUCUUGCUUUUUUUUGUGGGUUGUCCCAUUGAUCUUGUCAUGUUUCCUUAUUUGGUAAUGAUUUUACACUACAAAUAAUAUGGUCUCACUCCUUUACACAUUUUUACUACACUAAUUAUACCUUCCUUAAUAACCAUGCCCAAAAGAAAUGGGACACGCCUAAUGGAGGAGCCGCAACCUCUUUCUCUAGAAAUCUCUAUCCCUAUUUGCAGCACCGAAAGUCCCCAAACUCCCAAUCGUCAUAUCAUCAUCGAAUGUGCGGGUUAAGGAUAAAACGACAUUGUUUUAUCAUUAGACGGAGCCGUUUCUCUCCUAUAAUAAUAGAACGACGCCGUAUCCUAGUCAAUGUAAGUUUGCCAUGUAUUAUGCAUCUCAACAUUGUAUUUUGAUUCCAAUUUUAAGAGUCAUGUGAAAUAACCGAUUUUAGCAAAAGGUCGUUGAUUUUAUGGCAAUUAACCCUUAUUUUUAUUAUGAUUUUAAUUUGAUGAUUGUAGAAAGUAAAAUAGUUACUCCUUUUUUUUUAGUGAAAUCAAAGAGAUGUACGUUUUAUUGCACAUUUUGACUUUUUAAUUUUGGGUUAAUUUUGCCUAUGAAUUAACGAACUUUCGUUAUUUAAAAUUAACAAAUUUAUUCUCUAAUUAAAAAUUCAUUCUUAAUGUUUCUAGGGGGUAUAAUUAUCCCCAAAUUAAAGUUGUGCUGGACAUCGAAAUAAACGUGGCACAAUAGUCUGAAGAAUGAAACGACCAUAGUCUAAUACAAUAGUGUCAUACUGGCAAUUUCGAUGUCCAAGUGAUCUUUGAUUUGAAGAUAAUUGUUCUUUAGUGGGAACAAUAUUAAGAAGGGUUAAGGUACAGAUACCCCCCUGAACAUGACCCCCCUAGAACGUAUACCCCCCCCCCCCAAAUCCUCCAACUUGGUACAAAUUGCCCCCCAAAAUUGACGGAAAGUGUACAACUAACCCCACGGCAUAAACGGCCGUUAGACACCGUCCAGAUUUUUUUUUUAUUUAGUAUUACAUGCGGGGCCCACCAAGAAUGUUUACGCGGGUUUCUCUAACAACUGAUGCAUACGAAGAGUCUCCCACAUUCAAAACUCAAGAGUCGCCGAAGAUUUUCAAGACGACGAAGUUGGAAGCAGCGCGCGAUUUCUCAGGCAAUAAGUCUCCACCGGCGACCACAGAUUGCUACUUCCAAAAAACAGGUAAGUUUUGCUUAAACUCGAAUCGUGGGGGAUGGUUUUUGAUUGCAUGCAGUUAAUCCCUAAUCAAUGAAUGUUAAUAGAUUGAACUAGGAUUGAACUGUGGUGUUAAUACAAGAAUGUGUUGUUUCGUUGUGCAGAAUGGAAAAUCCUAUGGUCACCUUUGUGCUCAAUCUUUUUGGUGUUUGGUCUAAAGUUGAAAAUAGUGGUGAAAUCAAAUAUGAUUGUUACGAUUCCUCUGAAAUACAAGACAACUUAGGCAAUAUGACUUUUGAGCGAAUAAUGUCUGAGUUUGAGUCAUCUGAGUCUUGCUUCAUGUCUAAACCUAGGGCAGUUUAUGCGUAUGAUGAUGAUUACAGAUUAGAUAAAGGCCUAAUUCUCAUUAGGGAUCAAAGGCAUUGUGCGAAGGUGUUAGAUUAUCUAGAGAUAUUAGGCCAAGGUGAAAUUCAAUUUUUUGCUGACUUUGAAAAGAUUCCUAUGCCUAGUUUCACUCCAUUGAGCUUGUUUACAGAAGAAGAGCUCGAUACUCUAUAUGGGACUGGGCCAGAGGGUUUAAAACAGACAAAGGAUGGGGUAGAUCUUGGGGCAUCUGGUACUGAUACUACAGUAGGGGAUAGGGUUCUUGAUAGCUUAGUAAUUGACAAUGAGGGCAGGGAUAAUGAUAGAGAUGAGUGCAGAGAUGAGGGCAGGGAUAAUGACAGAGAUGAGAGGGUGAUUAGUGAUGAAGUAAGAGAUGAGGCAGUUGACAUGGAAGCAGAGGUGGAUGAGAGUGACAGUGAAAUAGAAGAGGGCAGGGAUAAUGACAUAGAUGAGGGUGUGAUUAGUGAUGAUGACUCUAGUGUUUACAGUGCUCAUUUAAGUGAGAGUGAGGUUGAUGAGCAAGAAGUAGAGCAAGUGAUGGCUACUGUAGAGGAUGGGGAGGAGGGUAGAUUUCAGUUGGGGCAGACCUUUGCUGGGGCAAAGGAAGCUAGAGAGGCCAUCAAUUCAUAUGGUGUGAAGUUUGGUUACAAAAUAAAAUUUGUAAAAAAUGAGAAAACUAGGGUAAGGGUCAUAUGUAUGAAUGAGAAAGAGUGUCCCUUUGUCAUGCAUGUGUCCAAGGAUGGUGAUGCUGAUGGUUUGGUGAUUAAGACUCUUAUUCUAGAGCAUACAUGUUGCAAACAGAGGGAGGUACCUAGUGCUACUCAGGGAUACUUGGCUAAGUAUUUCAAGCAAGCAGUUUAUAGGAACCCAAAAUACACCUCGAAGGACAUGCAAGGUCAUGUGAAAGACCAUCUGAAAUUGCAUGUUAGUUUGGCCAAAUGCAAGAGGGCAAAGAAGGAAAUCAUAUGCAAACUGGAGGGGAGCUACAAGGAAGAGUUCAGUAGGCUUUGUGGCUACAUUGAGAAGGUGAAUGAGUGUAUGCCAGGAAGUAGGUUAGAGCUCCAGUUAUCUACAGAGCAUUUGCAAGCUGGAAAGAGAGUUUUUAAAAGACUCUUUGUCAUGCUUGAGCCGUGUAGAUUGAACUGGUUGGGAGGUUGUAGAAAAUUGAUAUCAUUGGAUGGUUGCCAUUUGAAAGGAGUCACCUUUGGCUGUCUUUUAACAGCAGUUGGAAAGGAUGGCAACGAGGGAAUUGUUCCCAUUGCAUGGGCUGUGGUGAACAAGGAAAACAAAAAUAAUUGGAGAUGGUUCAUGAAUUGGUUGAAGCAAGGGCUGGAAUUAGGUGAGGGAGAUGAGGUGACAAUCAUGUCUGACAUGCAGAAGGGGCUGAUGGAAGCUGUCAAAGAAAUUACUCCACAAGCUGAGCAUCGAUGGUGUGCUCGCCAUAUUUAUGCAAACUGGAGCAAGAAGUGAAGGGGGGGAAGAGCUCAAGAAGAGAUUCUGGAUAGCUGUGUGGAGCUCUUACCAUGAAGAGUUCAAACUGAACCUUGCUAAAAUCAGUGCUAUCAACAAAAAAGCAGCAACUGAUCUCAUGCAGUAUCCUGCUGAAAACUGGUGCAGAGCCUUCCAAUCCCCCAGUUGAUCAAUGAAUCACAAGCUUCAACAUCAUCCAAGCCAACAAAGAAGAGUGGAAGAAAAAGGUCAAACUCAGGAGUAGGUUUGUAUGUGAAUGAGAAGACUGGAAAACAAGUUCUAUUUAGUGGAAGAUCCUCAUCUAUUAUCAUAGAUGAAGGGACCCCAAGAGGAACUGAUCCACAGACCAGAUUCCCUAUACCAAAUGAAUCUGAGAUAAGGAAAUAAAAGAGGCAGAGACAAUGCACUGAAGAACCUGGCCCAGCACAAGUGAAGAAGGAAAAAAUCAAGCCAUUCAAGCCACCCAGAGGGAAGAAGGCAGAUGAUAAGCAAGCACAGAUACUAAGGAGAUCACCUAGGGGGAAGAAUGUCAUCUCAACUCUUGGAUCCACCACUACGAGUUGACAUGAUAUACUUCUUUUGUUUUUGUGAUUGAACAAGGUGUUAUGAUUUCUGUUGGUACAAACUUGUGAAUUUGAAAACAAUUUCUGAUGUUUUUUGGGAGCCUCAAUUGUUAUGAACUUCAGUUAUGAAUUUGUAUGAAUUUACAUCUCAACUCUUGAAGGCAGUUAUGAAUUUGUAUGAAUUUCAGUUGUGAUUUACAUUCUAAGUUAUCUUUUACA